AUGGCUCGCUUUGCAGCAUCUCGUACAGUUAGCGCGGGUCCGCCUCUGACUGUUUCGAGCUUUCUGAGUUCUGUCACCGAGACCUGGGAAAAGCAAGGGCUGGGAUGGGACCCGAGGAGACCUGUGCCAAUAGGGGUAUGUGUCAGUGGAGGCCCCGACUCUAUGGCGUUGGCAUACUUGCUCAACCUACUUGGCGCAGUGCGUGGGAAGCACAAGGUCUGGGUCCAGCCAUUCGCCUUCAUUGUCAACCACAAUGCUCGCAGAGAGAGCACCGAGGAAGCAAACUACGUCCACUGCCAGUUACGCCGGCUUGGUGUCGAAAGCAAGAUACUCGAGAUCCAAUGGCCUAAUGCCAAUGACCCAGCGAAUACCACCGAUUUCGAGUUGAAGGCUCGGCGAGCUCGGUAUCGGUUGAUUGCAGACGCAGCGAUCGAAAGAAAGAUCAACCACCUUUUUCUGGGGCAUCAUCAGGACGACCAGAUCGAGACGAUCCUAAUGCGUCUAGUGCGGAACGCUGGAACCUCGUUUCUUGGGUUACAAGGAAUGUCAGACCACAGCACGAUACCGUGUUGCGAAGACAUUAGGGGUGCAAACGAAGUGGAAAAAUACCAGAAAUUUGCGCAGUGGCUGCAUCCUGUCCGAAGUCAAGGGGAUCGCGAAACGGUCAGCUCGAGUGCCGUCAACCAUGGGAAAGCCGUGACGCCUUCGGUUCCAGGCGGCUUACGAAUACACCGCCCACUUCUGCCGUUUACAAAAUCUGAGAUCGUCGUCUUCUGCAAUAAGAACCAAGUUCCCUAUGUCCAGGAUAAGACAAACUAUGAUCCUACAUUGACAUUACGGAAUGCUGUGCGGUAUAUGAGAAGCAAUUACGUCUUGCCAAAAGCCUUGCAGGGAUCCUCCAUCCUCGCACUUCAACAGUCGUCCUGUCGUGCCGUGAAUUCUCUUGCCGCACGAGGGGAACAGGUUCUUCAAGAGCUCAGAGUGCUUCUCUUCGAUCUCCGGUCUGGCCGCAUGACUGUACGAGUAUCGUCUGCUUUUGUCUCUCUCUGCGAGUCCGAUCCCGAAGCUGGAGCAUAUGCAUUGGCGAGGCUGACAAGUGUGGUGAGUCCGCAGUCGAGAGAUGACGAGCCAACUCUUGUACCUCGGCAUAACCUGAGGCAGUUCUUGGACAAGAGUCGGUCUCAGUUCCGAGAGUGGAUGACCGUACAGCAGGUCUUACUCGAGAAAGCGGAGACUGGACUGAAUGCGAAUAAACAGCUGGACGCGUCCAGCCUCCAAAUCGAACGACAGAGCGAUUCCAGCAGGGGCUCGCCGGAUGAAGAAGGAACUGUCUGGACGCUGUCGCGUCCACCAAUGCGUGUGUCAGAAGUUACGCUCACAACGAGGGGCUUCUCAGUUGGUGCGCACAAAGAACAGGCCGGGGAUGGGGAUGCGAGUCUAACUGCCCGCGUAAAUCUCGCGGACAACCGCAGCCAGGCAGGGCUUUGGUCGGAGUGGAUUCUUUGGGAUCAUCGAUAUUGGAUCCGUGUGCGAACAAAAAAUGCCAAAGCGCUUUCCCGAGUUCGUGUUCGCACUUAUUCCGAGUCUGAUGUACAAAGGGUGUAUGCAAGGCUCCAGAAUAGGAGCUCAGAGCUCCAGUCCCUUCUGGCGGAAGCUGCCCCUGGCAAGUUGAGGUAUACCCUUCCAGUGCUGACGGUAGACGAACAUGUUUCGGUUUUUCCGACAUUGAACGUCACUGUGGAUGAGGAGGAUUCAAUGGAUGUCAAAUCCAGGCUGACCGACCCCCCAAUCCUAGAAUGGGAAGUCUGCUACAAGGUCAUUGAUCAGUCAUUUAUCAACAAGCAUCGGGAAAGAAUUGAGUGGCGGAAUGCACAGGUGGCAACGCCGCAAUUGAGCUAG